AUGCGAGCCGAACUGAUACUCCUCGCUCUGUGUCUAAGCAUUUCCGGAAGAGAUUACGGAAGAAGCUACAGCAACGGACGUACAUUUCUCCAAAAUGUCUCAGCUGAAGAUAGGCGGGAGUACAAAAAUCUACUAGAGAGAUGGGACCUCUCUGCAAACGAACAAAUUGAGAAAGCUCUAAAAUGGGGCGAAAAGCUUGGAAUUAAGGAUAAAGUCCAGAAGUACAUCGAAAAACGAAGGAAAGAGGAAGACGAAGUUCGAAAAAAAUUUGGCGAGAUUAUUGGUUCGUUGACAAGUCUCGGCAAGGAAUUCCUUGAAACAUACUGGAAUGGGGAUAAGAUCCGAGCCCUCGUUAGAGCCUAUAUAGACAAAUUCAGAGCGGAACACGAACAACAGUAUGAAGUUCUCAACUACGCCUUGCAGUUAGCCAAAGAGCGCAGCAAAAGUAAAGAAAAAAAAGAAGAAAUAAAAUAA